UGUUCGACAGAUCAAGAUGGCAGCAGCGAUGGAUGUUGACACGCCGAGCGGCACUAACAGCGGGGCGAGCAAGAAGCGUUUUGAAGUCAAGAAGUGGAACGCGGUUGCGCUGUGGGCCUGGGACAUCGUGGUGGAUAACUGUGCCAUCUGUAGGAACCACAUCAUGGAUCUCUGCAUAGAGUGUCAGGCCAACCAAGCUUCUGCAACAUCUGAAGAGUGCACCGUGGCGUGGGGUGUCUGCAACCACGCCUUUCACUUCCACUGCAUUUCACGUUGGCUGAAAACCAGACAGGUGUGUCCCCUGGACAACAGAGAGUGGGAGUUUCAGAAAUACGGACACUAGAUGUUAUCUUGUUGACUGGUUCCUUCUGCGAGCAUCAGCCUCACCGCUUCUAGAUUUUUCCUCUGCUUCUAUAGCUUGGCGUUAUUUUACAUUUUGUUUUGUUCUAUUGUACUUAAAUA